CGGGAAAUAACGUCAUCGUUUAUUUAAUAUGCCGCUCACGAAUUGAGAGUGGGAUGUUCAUUGUUUCUUUCGCGUGUAGUACAACAUGGCAUGUGUUCAGCGGGCAUUCGCACAGAAAUUGUCAAAGCAACAUGCUGCAGAAGUUAGAAGACAAAUUGCAUCAUCAUCUUACAGUCAGGAUUCUAAGAAUCAGAAUCUCUUAUCACUCUCUUCGGCAUCAUUGUACGACGUUGUGGAGCCAAUGGAUUAUGAAGAAUUUGUUCAGUUAAAUCAAAUGCUUCUGGAACGGGAUCCAUUGCACCAUGUCCUGGAUUUUCCAGAAAAUGAUAUAGAGGUGGUAGUAAUACCUCGAAAAAUUAGGACAGUGGAUCCUGUAGUACCUGAGGAGCCUUCGGAUGAGCUGUCACCACACGUUCGUGACUGCGUUCGUUGCUACACAUCUGAUUACAUUUUUGUGAAACAUAACUAUAGGCAGUAUUCAAGCAGUUGUUCCAUACGAGAUCGUUGUGGUGAACGUUUGAGUGUUGUUCAAGGAAUUCCACAUCAAGAAUUUGAAAUUGACUAUGAAGAACCAACUACUUCUAGUACUCCUGAUGAGGAAGUAUUCAGGGUUGAGUCUGGACUGUCGUCAUCUCAGCAGUCAGUCCACUCUGUUGAUACACCACGUGCAAGCUGGGCGAGCUUUGAUCUCCGAAGCUCUGUUAGUGACAUGCUUAUACCUUCAUUGUUGGAGAGAGUGCCUCCAGAAACAAUUGAUCAACUGAAUGAGGCAAAAAGACAAGACAACAGACAGGAUGGACUGUUCACCCUUUAUCCUGUUCAAGAUGAAGAAGAGAUGAUUGAGAAGCGAAUCCCUGCUGAAAUACCAAACGAGCACAUGGGACACAGGAUUUUAGUCAGGUGUUUGCAGCUCAGGCUAGAACUGGAAGUUGAACCAAUAUUUGCUUCAAUUGCCUUGUAUGAUGCCAAAGAAAAGAAGAAAGUAUCAGAAAACUUUUAUUUUGAUAUGAAUUCAGAAGGUCUGAAGCACAUGCUGUCUUCCCAUAUUCCCUACAGUGACACAAGCACUCUUAGCAGGGCGUGUGUUUUUGAUAUCACAUAUCCUUCUUCUGAUCUGUUUUUUGUAAUCAAAUUAGAGAAGGUGUUACAGGGUGACAUAAAUGACUGUGCUGAACCCUAUAUAAAAGAUGACAAGAGUCGUGAGAAACUGAAGACCAAUGCUGUUACUGCUUGUGAACGUCUAGGGAAGUACAGGAUGCCAUUUGCAUGGACUGCGAUAUACGUAAUGAAUGUCAUUGAUGGUGUCAACAGUUUAGAAAGAGAAAGCGGAAGUGACAGAGAAAACACAGGAUCAUAUAGCUUAGACCGAAAAUCUAGCAGCAAUAGCUUUGACCAGUUCAGAAAACGUGCAAGUGAUAUGGGGUCUUUAACAAGAAGAGGAUCAUUAGAAAGGCGCAGCAACUUGGAAAAGCGUCGUAGUUGGUCUCCUGAUGACUUUGGUUCCAAUCUUGAUACUUUUCGUCCAGUCACCAUUACUGUGUCUAAUUUUUUUAAGCAGGAAAGUGAUCGCUUGAGGGAUGAAGACCUCUACAAGUUUCUUCAAGAUUUGAAACGACCAUGUUCUGUUAUUAAAAAGUUAAAAUCAAUACCUGGGACAUUGAAACUUGAUAUUUCGCCAUGCCCAGAAGAAUUAAAAAACUGUCUGACUCCAGAAUUAGCAAAACUUAAACCAUUUCCAGAUGAAAUGAGUCGGCCAACAAAAGAAAUAUUGGAAUUUCCUACUAGAGAAGUAUUUGUUCCUCAUUAUACAUACAGAAAUCUUCUGUACGUGUAUCCUAAAGACUUGAAUUUUGCAAGCAGAGCAGGAUCAGCAAGAAAUAUUGCUGUCAAAGUUCAGUUAAUGUGUGGAGAGGAAGAACGACAUGCAUUACCUGUAAUAUUUGGUAAAUCAUCAUGCCCUGAAUUCAUGUCAGCUGCAUAUACGGUCGUCAGUUAUCAUAACAAGUGUCCUGACUUUUAUGAUGAAAUAAAAAUGAAACUUCCAGCCAAUCUUGGAUCACAGCAUCAUUUACUUUUUACAUUUUACCAUAUCAGCUGUCAACGAAAAAUUGAACAACCGGUUGUUGAAACUCCCAUAGGCUACACAUGGCUUCCAUUGUCCCCAGAUGGCCGGCUCCAAGUUGGGGAUUUUUGUCUUCCAGUAAUGGUGGAACAUCCACCACCUAGAUAUUCCUACAUUCCACCUGACGUGCUUCUACCUGGUACUAAAUGGGUUGAUAACCAUAAGGGCAUCUUUAGUGUUGUUUUAGAAGCUGUUACUUCGGUUCAUACUCAGGAUAAAUACCUAGACAGGUUCUUGAAUCUGUGUAGUGCUAUAGAAGAAAGAAAUAUUCCUGUGCGAUAUGGUGAAAAUUUAGAGAGUGAACUAAAAUCAAGCAUAUUGGAACUUACCCAUUCAAAGUCUGAACCAUUGGUCAAAUUCCUGCCAGUUGUAAUCAACAAACUUUUAUUGCUAAUGGUGAGACCUCCAACAGUAGCUGGGCAGAUUCUAAAUGUCGGUCAUACUUCAUUUGAAGCAAUGGCAAUGCUUGUAAGAAAUAUCUCGGUUCUGCAGGAGGGCCAUUGUGGACCUGGUGGGCGACAUAGUUUACUUACCACAUAUAUCAGUUACCAGUGUAUGUUGCCACACUGUGCAGAUAUGUAUGCAGAGAACAAUGUUUGUCCUCCUCAGAGUCCUGAGAACACAUCCCACCAGUUUACAGUCCCUCCACUCAGAAGCAGACAUUUAAGGAGCAGUAGCAAUCCUGAUAUGUAUGCAUCUCUUACUGGUGAUGAUGAGGUAAAUUCAUUAGCCAGAGGACUUGAUCGUACAUCAAGUAUGAGGAGUGGCCCAGGUCAAGAAAAUUUUGCAUAUAUUUCCAAUGUUCAUCAGCCACGUAAAUUGCUUCACGAAGAACUGGCACUGCAAUGGGUGAUGUCUAGUGGAAUAGCUAGAGAACUUGCAAUGACAAAUUCAUGGUUUUUCUCUGAAUUGAUAGCGAGGAGCAUGGCAGAAUACUUGGCAACAUCUCGAAGCUUAAAUACUCCACGAAAAAUCAGAUUUUCAGAACAGUUCACAGAUGAUAUAUCCACCUUAGUCUCCACUAUCACUUCUGAUAUAAUUUCCCACAGCAACAGAGAUGGAAAGGUGUCGCAGAACCUGAAUGCAAGCUUAGCAUUUUUCCUCUUUGAUUUACUUUCUAUAAUGGAUCGAGGUUUCGUGUUUACUCUUAUAAAGAACUAUUGCAAGCAGAUGUCUUCAAAAAUUUCAUCUCUGUCUGAUGCAGCUUGCUUGAUUAAUUUGAAGUUGGACUUUCUAAGGAUUGUUUGCAGCCAUGAACAUUUUGUAGCGUUGAAUCUACCUUUUGGGACACCUUUUACUCCAAGCUCUGCUCCCUCAUCACCAAACCCAUCUAUUUCGUCAUCUACAAGCCAGUCAUCAUUUGUGUCGACACUUGUUGGAGGUGAUUUAAUGAGUUUUGCAGAUCUGUCACCUGCAUUUCGACAACAACAUUUCCUGAUUGGACUUGUUCUCACAGACGUGGCUACAGUCCUGGAAUUACAGAAUCCUAACCUUCAUUUUAAGGUGGUCAACCUUGUGCGUAAUUUGCUGACAUAUCACGACAGUGACCCACGAUUUGCAGAACCUGAAUGUAGAGCACGAGUGGCUGCCCUGUACUUGCCAUUUCUGGGUAUUGUCAUGGAUGCCUUACCACAACUUCAUGGCUUUUUCCCAGGAGCUAGAGGUCGUAUGUUGCUGGUACCAGGCUCAGAUAAUAUGGAACCUCAAAAUGGUAUUGAUCAUUCUAUUGCAAUGGCAAUUGCUGGUACAACAGUGUUUCCAAAGUCAGUUGGACCUGAUAAUCCUCAAGGCCAACAGAAUUGGAAAUGUGGCUUGAGUUCUGAUACAACACGUAAUCUUCUUAUUUGCUUUCUGUGGGUAAUAAAAAAUGUUGAUAAAACCGUUUUGAAGCAUUGGUGGACAGAGCUGCCUUCACAGAGACUGCAUCAGCUCUUAGAAGUGCUCAAUAUUUGUAUUUCUUGCUUUGAAUAUAAGGGCAAAAAAGCUAUUAAAAGAUUCUCACAACAAAGUUUUCGUAAAACAACUGACAUCAAAUCUCGCUUGGAAGAUGUAAUUCUAGGACAGGGGUCAGCACGAAGUGAAAUGAUAAUGCGACGUAAAGAGAAGAAUCCUCCAGCUUCUCCCGGUUGGCCAGGUGAUCGAUUACGAUGGCGCAAAGAACAAAUGGCAUACCGUCCCACUGCAGAACAGCCGGAACGACCAAGGGCUGAAGUUGAGACAGAUGCUCAUAUAGAAGGAAAUCUGGCCACAGAAGUCAGCUUUGUUAUUCUAGAUACAUUGGAGCAAAUUGUUCAGGUUGCAUCACAGACAGAUAACUUGCAGGGACUACUUGGAGUGGUAUUGAAAGUUUUGUUACAUGCUCUCUCAAGAAAUCAGAGCACUAUAGUUCUUCAGAACAUGUUUGCAACACAGAGGUCCCUUGUAUUUAAGUUCCCAAAUCUGUUAUUUGAUGAAGAAACAGAGCAGUGUGCUGAUCUCUGUUUACAACUUCUGAAACAUUGCAGUUCAAAUAUGGGCAGUGUUCGAUCCCAGGCAUCUGCAUCACUCUACCUUUUAAUGAGACAAAACUUUGAAAUAGGAAAUAAUUUUGCUAGAGUAAAAAUGCAGGUGACAAUGUCUCUCAGUUCACUUGUUGGAACCAGCUCUUCAUUUAGUGAAGAGUCAUUGCGGCGCUCUUUGAAGACAAUUCUCGUUUAUGCAGAAGAAGACACUGAAUUGCAGGAAACAACUUUUCCAGAGCAGGUUAAGGAUCUUAUUUUUAAUCUACACAUGAUUCUCUCUGAUACUGUAAAAAUGAAAGAAUUUCAAGAAGAUCCAGAGAUGUUGUUGGAUUUGAUGUACCGUAUAGCAAAAGGGUACCAAAAUUCACCAGAUUUGCGGCUUACUUGGCUUGCAAAUAUGGCUCAAAAACACAUGGAGCGCAAUAACCACACAGAGGCAGCAAUGUGCCUUGUGCACAGUGCUGCACUGGUAUCAGAAUAUCUUCAUAUGCUUGAAGAUCUGCCACACUUGCCACCGGGUGCUGUAGGAUUGGAAGGAAUAACACCCAAUGUACUGGAAGAGAGUGCUGUCUCAGAUGAUGUAUUGAGUCCAGAGGAAGAAGGUGUAUGUCUUGGGAAAGAUUUUACUGAAAGUGGACUAGUUGGGUUGUUAGAACAUGCUGCAAACUCAUUUCAUACGGCUGGCAUGUAUGAAGCGAUGAAUGAUGUGUACAAAAUUCUGUUGCCUAUUGCAGAAGCAAAUAGAGAUUACAAAAAACUGUCAAAUAUUCAUGGGAAAUUACAUGAUGCAUUUACUAGAGUUGACCAGCUGCAGGGAAAGCGUGUUUUUGGAACAUACUUCCGUGUUGGCUUCUAUGGAACUAAAUUUGGAGAUCUGAAUGGAGAAGAGUUUAUCUAUAAAGAACCAACAUUAACAAAAUUGCCUGAAAUUUUUAGUCGGCUUGAGAAUUUCUAUGCUGAAAGAUUUGGAUCUGAAAACAUUGUCAUUAUAAAAGACUCAAAAGCUGUAGAUUUGAGCAGUUUGAACCCAGAAAAAGCUUAUAUUCAGAUAACAUAUGUGGAGCCUUAUUUUGAGUCUUAUGAAAUGAGAUACCGAGUAACGUACUUCGACAGAAAUUUUAACAUCAAAAGAUUUUACUACGCAACUCCAUUCACACCUCGAGGAAGAGCUCAUGGGGAACUUCAUGAGCAGUACAAACGCAAGACUAUACUAACUACCGCAAACCAUUUUCCAUACAUUAAAACUCGUAUACAAGUAGUGGAUAGAAAACAGAUUAUUUUAACCCCUAUUGAAGUUGCUAUUGAAGAUAUUCAGAAGAAAACAAUGGAACUUGCACAGUCAACACAUCAAGAACCUCCAGAUCCAAAGAUAUUGCAGAUGGUGCUACAGGGUUGUAUUGGUACAACUGUAAAUCAAGGGCCCAUGGAAAUAGCUGUUGUCUUCCUUUCUGAGCUUCUAAGUGGACAGAAAGCUCCAAAUAAACUUCAAAACAAAUUACGACUUUGCUUCAAGGAUUUUUCUAAAAAGUGCAAUGAUGCUCUGAAGAAGAAUAGAAACUUGAUUGGUGCAGAUCAAAGAGAUUACCAGCGUGAACUUGAAAGAAAUUACAGUUGCUUUACUGAGCGCUUACUUCCCCUUAUCACUGUAAACAAUGCACAUCGAACCUCGAUUAACAAAAAGUAAAAACGCUGACAAUUGAAUGUUACCAUAAUUUUAACUUUUUAUACAUUUCUACUUGUGUUGAUAAAUUUUUAUCUAUCUCUUGUGGGACAUUAUACAGGGCAGUUUUGUAAGUGAUAAAAAUCAAACAAUGAACUGAUCUGUGAGACUUUUGUGUUAUAUAACUUAAAUUGAUUUUUCAGAAAGAUUUGUUUCAUAGUGUGCCACAGACAUUAAAUCAGCAUAAAAUGAGCUAAAAAUGCUUCACUCCGUCUCGAUACUAUGACGAGCAGUGUGUUGCUAUGAAUAUCUGUGAUAUUAAGCUACUAUUUUAUAACUAAUUUAUGCUCAUGCGUAUAAUAAUAGUGAUGUUAGGAGUAUCAUUAGACUUCAACAUUAUGCUAGAAUUAAAUCUUGUGACUGUCACCUUUGAUGAUUUUGAGCUGUAAGCUAGAUAGUGUUUUGUCUUAAUAUUAUUAUUUAAUAAUAGUAAUUAUUGUAAUGUGGGUACUCAAUGUGAAUUUAUUUAAUGUCUACAUGAAGAGGAGAUUUUUAAGAUGUGCCAUUAGACUGUUCAUUCCUUAAAAAAUGCCUGUAUCAAUAUCUCAGACAGUUUUGUUGUUGUUAUGAACAAAAUUAGUAAUGUUUUGAGUUCCAUGUAUGAAAUCCUACAGCUCUUCAUAUAUCUACAUGAAGGAUCUGGUGAAAUGCCAAUAUGUCAGUUCCUAACAGACUUAAAUGUUGUACAGCACUGGGACAUGAACCUGCGCUCAGGCUUUUCAUGGACAGUGCUAUUACUGCAUUAGCCAGGUAUUUUAGAUGGCAUCACUCAGUCUGCCACCAGUACCAACCUCUUACUUUCCAAAUUCCACAGAGAUUCUCUGGCAUGCUUUGUUGAUCAAGUGUGAGAGAUAUACUGCAAACUGAAUAUUUGAGUCUGCCUGUAAGUUGUGACCGUAUAUUUUAGCCAGGAAGACCAUAGCUUCUGAAAGCUGAAGGAAUAGAUUUGACUGAGAUUGUAUGCUCAGACUGUGCAGUAUAUAGAAAUGAAAAUUUAGCCUGUAUUAAAAGGCAAAAUUGCACUCAAUAUGAUGUUUGGUCCUCUAUAAGGAUGGAUAAUAUGUGAUGUUCUGCUUGUUAGUUUUAUCACUUUUUUUGUGGGUCUCCUGCAUUAGACUGAAAUGUUUAGUAAUGUAUGUCAACUAAUAACUCACAAUUCACUGUUUUUGUCUGGUGUAUAAUUUUAACGCAUUAGAAAGUUUUGUUCUUUAUGUUUGAAGCUACUUUCAGAGUCUUAAUUUUCUGAAACAAUUAUUCCACUGAAGUUACAGAACCUGAAAGACUAGGGUGAUAUCACAUAUCUUUAUGGUGAGAUCAGUGGUUUGUAACAAGAUUUUCCUUACUCUGCUUUACUUGAAUCUGCCAAUUAGUUGACUUGGUAUUCUUCAGAUGUGAGUAUAAGAUGUGUAACAAUCAAGAAAGCAACUGGUGAAUGCUAAAUAUUGGUUUAAUUAAUUUCCAGUACAGAAGAGGCAAAAAUAAAAAUCCCAGGUCCAUUAAUUUUUAAGAUCUUUCAUUUUUAUUUUAUGGGUUUGUAUUUAUUGUUCCUCCUCACUGAAAAUGGGAUAAUUUCAGGUGCACUUUCUGACAAAAAUAUGCAGCAUGGGUCGAAAUUAGAUAGAUACAUUUUCUAAAGUCCUGUGUUAAUGUUGAAGUAAUCAAUUGUCUUCAUUUUUUACUGCUUGUGCAAUUCAUGACUUUGAUGCAUAUAACGCCACAGCCCGUGGUUAUGGUUUACAUGGUAAAAAUGAUAUAAAUGUAUUCCAAUUUCAUGUAGUUAUGGGCCUAGUCUAUCUACAUGGUGUAUGUAUCAGGCUGUGCUUUGUACGAUUUCCAAUUUCUCUUAGCUCUCAUUUGGGGAAAGUUGAAUGACUUCGACAAAACAGCAUACCUGCAUCACCAACCUUUGGAGAUAAACGUUGUUAUAGCACAUGAUCUUUUGUAAAGACUGGUACUUGUAAUAAGCAGUAAAACCUGUAAAGCAUAUCUUCCUCUUUAUAAAAUGAUCAUAAUUGUCUAUAUGGAAUAUUUAAUUGGUAGAACUUCAUUAGGGAGAUGUAGCUUACUCAUUUCCUCCAACUAAAGCAAUCUGUGUGUGGUGUAGAACUUCUGUUAUAUGUUCCCUGCACCCUCUCUUAUAGUCAGUCAAGAAGAAUUGUUGGGGGUGCUCUUAUGUUUUCAAGCAGUUUAUGAAUUUCCUGCAGCUCGGCAACACCACUAAAUAUCAAUCUCUUUUCAACUAUUCCUUAGUUAGGUUGAUGUGGAAUUCACUUACUGUUGUUCCAUGUGAUUCUGAGGUAAUUCAUUUUGUAUUGUGGUAAAUUUUAUCAGCUAAAAUUUAUAUCAGAACAAUUUUAAAAUAAAGUAUUCACAUGAGAAGUUAUUGAACAUAUAGGCAAUACUACCAGCAAGCUGCAGAACAUUGACAGAUUUGUAUACACCUAAUACGUGUAAUCCGCUACUUCCACAUUGUGUUUGUGUCAUAAGAAACAAAACUUUCUUCGUGUCAUGUUACAUCCAGAAAUGUCAUGUUAUCAUGACUCAAUUAUUAAGUGUUCAAAAAGGAAGACUUGAAAACAUUAAGUCAACAUUUAUCUCGAAUUACAGUGUGUGUUAAAAUUAAUAAAAACACAUAAUUAGAUCAAAAUCCAUGAUACAACUGUUUCUGAUGUAAGAUCUUUCUCAGAAAUAGAUCAUAAUUUUAUUUUUAUAAGUUACAUAUAUCUUUUGCAGUCAAUUUUAAUUUCAUUUUCUCUAUUUAUAAUGUCCUCUUUCUAUUGUCACUUAGCAGUAAGUUUCUUGUGUCAACAUGUAAGCAGAAUUUGAACAAAUUUGUUUCUUCAGUAUUGUCAUGACCGUGUACCAUAUAACCAUAAAGACAGGUCUAACCUAGGAAUAUCAUUUACAAAUGGCUGAUACUGCAGAAGUAGUCAUGAGUUGACAGUUAACACUGAAUAGAUUUCUGUUGUACUUUAUCAGAGCUUGCAUUUCCUUUUUUAUCAGAAUGCUGGUAACAUGCAAUAAGUAUCUUAAGAAAACAUUUUGAAAGCAAGAAUAUAGAUCAAAAUUUUUAGAAAAAGGAAAGCAGUGUGUGGCAGUAUGAUUGUUCUUGCUUCUUUUGACUUCAGAGUAAUUUAUUUUGUAUUAUUAUUUGUAACACGCGGCAAAAAGAUGCUGAAAGUUUCUUUUUUCCCUUUCAUGAUAAUUCCUUCCAAUAUUCCGAUAAAAAAAAUGCAGUAAAUUUUCACAGUGGUUUCUGUAGGAUUCUGUGUGGCAAUCUUGAUGAUGACAUUGCUAUGAUAUAAAAUUUUGUUAAUCAUUUGUGGUUUUUAAUUUCAUGAAGGGAGAUAAUUGUCCAGGCAUGAAAAAUAUUUGCCAAUUUCCUUAUGAAUUAAAUAUAUUGAAACCCAAGGAAAAAAUAAAAUCUUUGCUACAUCAUUCCCACUCCAUCAAUCAAUUUCUGAAUGGACUGUGUAAAUGUAGAUUAAGAUUAAUGUAAAACCCUAUCAUGUAGCUAAUCAAAUAAUUUAUCUCAGAAAAUGUGUAACUCUAAAGAUGCUCUACAUCACAGCAAGAUACUGCAAAUAUGUUCAGCAGAAUGUGCAAGUAAUUAAACUAAACUGAGGUUAAAUUAUAUCAUAAAAAUUAUUUCAUAAGUAUGCAGAUUUGCAGAUGAAAAAGUAACCUAGUAACCAGCAAAACCAUCACCGUAAGAUAGCUGACCACAAUGAAACUGUUUUUCUUUGCAUUUAAAUGUAAUUUUAAAUUUUGUUAGCAGCUAAACAAAUUUUUAUUUUCCGUGGGCUGUGCUUAUAGAAUUGCAAAUGAGAUGUGAAAGUUUAUAUCUUCUCAAUAGUAUUUCUGUACUUUGUAACUGUGGCUUUUUUACAUAUCAUAUUAGUUUAGUGAACUGCAAAUUAUGUGCACGUAUUUACAAGUUUUAUAAUAACUGACUUGUCUUAUCCAUAACAUCAUCAGGGCUUGAUGUAUUUGCACAAAUGUGGGCACACACACGCGCACAUAUACACACAGAGAAGUUUCUUUUUCAUGUGCCUUAUUUUGUCUGACAAUUAUAGAAGUGUGAACUGGCUCAGUUUUAGUACAGUAUAAUGGUUUUUUAAAUAAUUUAAGAAUCUAUUCAUUGUGUGAAGUAAUUUCAUAGCAUACUGAUAAAAUAUAUAUAUUAUAUGUGUGUUACAAUUUUAAAGCAAAUAUAAUUUUAUUGAUUAGAACUGUAAAUUAUGGUUUAAUAUGAUUUGGAAAUAAAAACUCAGCAUCAACAUUGUGACAUUUCAGAAGUUUUU